CAUCUUGCCAGGAUGCCUAUACAGGAGAAUGAGGAUCAUGAUGCAGUGCGCAUGAAAGUUGGAUAUAAUGGGGACAUUCUCAUCACAAGCAUCGGACCAGACAUCGCCUAUGCAGAUUUCUGUCUGGAGAUAAAAGACAUAUGUAAAUUUGAUGAUCAGCAGCCAUUUACUGUCAAGUGGCUGGACGAAGAAGGUGACCCCUGCACCAUAUCCUCCCAGGUAGAGCUGAAUGAGGCCAUUCGUCUGUAUGAUCUGAACAAAGACUCAGAACUCACCCUCCAUGUCUUUCCUAACAUACCUGAAAGACCAGGGAUGCCAUGCAGAGGAGAAGACAGAAAUAUGUACAGAAAAGGUGCAAGAAGAUGGAGGAAAUUGUACAGAAUUAAUGGACAUCUAUUCCAAGCAAAACGUUUCUCCAAGAAAGCCUUCUGCUCCUUUUGCUCUGACAGAAUCUGGGGAUUGGGACGUCAAGGGUUUAAGUGCAUUCAGUGUAAAAUAGCUGUCCACAAGAGAUGUCAUAAAUACCUGAAGGUUGUGUGUGGAGCCCCAGUUAUUACUGGAGCUAAACCUGAACCAAGAGAGGAUGUCAAACGGAAUUUACCGGACCUUCAAAACCUGUCAAUGAAAGAGCCUAAUGGACACCCAACACUUUCAGAGAAUGGAACUUCAAUAGAAAUCGGAGGAAAGGAGCUGACAGAAGAGAGCGAAGUUGAUACAGAGGCCCAGCCUGCAGUACAGACAACUAAUGGAACAGACUCGCAGCAGGUGACCCUAGAUCAGUUUGAACUUCUGAGAGUUAUUGGUCGUGGAAGUUACGCAAAAGUCCUGAUGGUGGAACAGAAACGUACAAAACGUGUCUACGCAAUGAAGGUCAUCAAGAAGGAACUCGUCAACGAGGAUGAGGACAUAGAUUGGGUGCAGACGGAGAAGCAUGGUAUUGUAUACAGAGAUCUGAAGUUGGACAAUGUGUUACUGGACCACGAGGGUCAUGUGAAACUGACAGAUUAUGGCAUGUGUAAGGAGGGCCUGUGGGCUGGAGACAGCACCAGUACAUUUUGUGGAACCCCUAAUUAUAUAGCCCCAGAAAUCCUCCGAGGGGAGGAUUAUGAUUUCAGUGUGGAUUGGUGGGCAUUAGGGGUACUGAUGUUUGAGAUGUUGGCCGGGAGGUCACCGUUUGAUGUGGUGGGAGGUGCCGAAAACCCGGACCAAAACUCUGAGGAUUACCUAUUCCAGAUUAUCCUGGAAAAAACUAUCAGAAUACCCCGCUCACUCUCUGUGAAAGCAGCAUCCAUCCUCAAAGGCUUCCUGAACAAGAACCCAACAGAGCGACUUGGAUGCCACCACGAAACGGGCUUCAAUGACAUCCAGUCCCACCCCUUCUUCAGAGCCAUUCAGUGGGACGUGCUGGAGCAGAAGUUAGUCACUCCACCCUACAAGCCAAACCUGAAGUCGGACCGAGACCUGGAACACUUUGACCCGGCUUUUACAGAUGAACCAGUUCAGCUGACACCAGAUGAUCCGAAAGUGAUAGAUAAAAUAGAGCAGUCUGAGUUUGAUGGAUUUGAGUAUGUGAACCCUCUACUUAUGUCACUGGAGGACUGCGUAUAGCGGGGUCAUUAGUUACACCCCGAAUCAAGAUGACAGAUGCUUUGUAUCAGAGCCGGGAACCAGACAAUCUUCUUCAUGUACCUCAACCUUGCUGAAAGAACGCUGAGAAAAUGGCCAAGUUCAGGGUUGUGAGGAGUAAUCAGUGAUUGUGGAUAUUGAUGCUAAUCAUUUUGUGAUAUAUGUUUAAUAAAGAAUAAAUUAUUUGCAACUUUUUGCAAUAUUUUACCAAAAGAUGACAGUAUCUUACUCGGACACUGGGUUUUAGUACAGUACCUGUUUUCUGUCUUUAAGUGUUUUUUGGUGACUUGUUUCGUGUAAAAAUUCUUGAGAUUCUAAUGUUCAGUGUUCUUUUUAAAACUGUGCUGAAAAGAGAAACAGAUAUUUAUAUACUAUUGGUUUGUAGAUACAAUGUCUUUUCUUUGGUAGAGACCCAUAUAGUGCAUUGGGUGAACUUUUUUUGCAAUAUCAUAAAGGCAUUUUUGUACAACGAAAGAGUUAAAUUAUCUAUUGAUGCAGAGUAUUACUUCUAAAUGUAUGUUCAUGUACAUCUAAUUUGUGAAGAAAAUAUUUUUCUUCAGAUCAUUAGAUCAUUAUUCAUAGAUUUUGAAGUAAACUCCUUUUUUUUGGUACACUCUGAAUGUGUCAAAAAGGAAGUGUUUGAAAGGAAGAAAAAAAAUAGAGAUCUGAUUUUAUGUGUAGUCAAUCAUGUCUGUUUCAUUAUUUUUUGAUUCUUUGAAUUCACACUUUUCACAGGCUUCAACUAAGGUGAAAUUACACUGUACUGUGUUUAACAGUGAGUGAAAAGAUAAAUUUCUUUGUAAAGAGAAGCAGUAUUGUAUUACAUGUAUUUUUUUUUUUUCAUUUCCAAACAAAUUUGCUAGUGUUUAUUUGUUCUAGUUGUUUGAUGUAAAAUUUGAAGACCAAGUGCAAUGUUAUUUUUUCAUGUUAGUCAUAUGAAGUGCUGCAUUGAUGUUUAUGUUAUUACAAAAUUGCCACUUUAUUAUUUUUUUUUUCUUGCUGUAGUUGGAAAAGGUAGAUUUUGGAAAGAAAAAUGUUCUCUUAAUUUUUAUUAACCUUUGUAUUUGUCAAAACUUUUGAAUAAAAGUACAAUAUCUACUAAGAAAUAUAUUUUAUUGUAAACGUAUAUAUCAAUUUAUGUUCAAUAGGCAAUUGUUAAUACAUUUAGCAUAUCAACUUAAUAUUGUACCCAAUAGCUAAUGGGCAUACUAUUGGUCCUAAUGUACAUCUAUACAUAUUGGGUUAAGUCAUUAGUACUAAAUCAAAAAAUGUCAAAUAACAUCUAUACAACUAUUAUAUUAAAUGUAUCACUAUUAUUGUCUUCCAUGGAAAAAAAAACCUGUGGAUUUUUUUAAGGGGGGAUAUUUAAUUUUAUACAUGUACUGCCUAUCCAAUUUACAGUAUAUUUAUCACUCAUUUAAUUAUUUACUUAUGUAAUUAAUAAAUUGUUCAUAUAAUGAUUUGAUCGUGAUUAACUUAACUUUUUUUUUU